UAGACAAUAUAAUUGAAAUUUAUUAUUUAUAAAAUUUCUAUAUGAUCUACUUUUAAUUUGUAUUACAUUUCAUCCAUUGAAUAAUACAGUCCAAAUUUUUACCUUAUUUAAUUCUCAUCGGUAUAAGUUUACAGCCGCUUCUUAAGACGUGCAAGGCUCCACAGUAAUGUAGAGUAUAAUGCUCUCUCUCUCUAUCUAUUGCCCGUACCUGUCAGUAAGGAUUUACUUUGUAGUGAGAGCAACUGUUACUUCUUAGCUACACUCCUCUCACCACGCCACGUGCGUAUUAUUUAUGCGUAGACAUUCUGGCGCCGCUUAUGCUGUGCUGCUCCAACAGCGCAAACACAAAAAUACAGACGGAGAGAGGACACCACGCAAAAACAAACGCAAAAGCAAAGUCACAGAGAGAGCGCAGUCAGCAAGAGCGUGAGGAGCGAGAGAGAUUGUGUGUAGGAUACGCAAGGAAGCCAAACGUAAACAUUUUAUGAAAAGCGCGCUCUCAGAAAUGUGUGAAGAGUCGUGGCGAGCGGACGUGCGCUGCGCUCGUGGACGGCAUUGAGCAACUUAUUUGAUUUUGUCCACCUGCUACACACACAUAUACACACCCACACGCGCGUACACUCACUAACACAUGGAGCGGGAGCGCGCGCAAAAAUCGAAAUGAAAAGCAAUCAAAACGAAAAGAAACGAGAAACGCGCUCACAUCAAAUCCGGCGUCGAAAUUGUGCAUAGAUAUUGAAUGGGAAUUAAUGCUAUCUAAAUUAAUGUUAAGUGAAAAAUCAAUGCGCGACCAAAAGUCGACAAACGAAAACUGACGACGCACAGAUACACAAACACACUCAUACACAGACAAACAGAGAAAACUGGCUGCAGCCACGCACACGUGUGCUUACCAACACAUACACGCAGACAUACACACGAACGAACUCAACAGACUCACAUACACGCAGAGGUAAGCAGGCGAAAGCCUAACAAAGUGAAAGUAACGAAAUUAGCAACACAAUAGAAGAAAAACAAAAACAGUGAAAGGAAAAAGCGCAUAAAAAAUGCACACAAGCGUAAGCGUAAGGUGAAAGUGUAAUCAAUUUAAUGUUGCAUACUUUCGACCUGCACUGUGUGACUUGCUUUUCAUCGUUACUGCGACUUUCGCCGUGUGUGUGUGAUUUACUUAACUCGGUCAAAGCAAAAGGCAUGCGAAAAUAACACGCAAAAGAGGCUGACGUAGAAGAAGAGCAAACUAACAACAACAGGCGGCAAAAGCAGCAGCCUCAGUCGCCGUCGACGUUGACGUCGUCAUCAUUGCUGAAACGUGUGUAAGAUAAACACGCAAAACAAAGCGAACUGGGUCAGUGUGCGAGAGCAGAAGCAGCAGCAGGAGGAGGAGAAGGAGAAGCUGAAGGAGGAGCAGCUGCGAGUGGCGCCUGAUUUAAAAGCGUCGGUUGCAUGUGCAUGCAAAAAUGUGUUGCAUGCCUAAUGACCAAAGUCGCAGCAGCAACAACAACAGCGGCAGCAGCAGCAGCAAAAGGGCUGCCAUUGACACAUUGAAAAUACGGAAGUACAAACAAACAAACAACAACAUCGGGAAGCAGCAGCUGUUGGUUUUAGUGCUGCCGAUUGUGUUGGAUGCGUCAGAAUGUAACGAACACUUGGUAUAAAGCGACCUUUUUUAUGGCCCAACAAACAAAUCGAAUUACACAGCACCAGCUAAUGAUGAUGAUGAUGACUAUGAUGGCGAUGAUGAUGACGAGCUUCCUUUACAUUUUCGGUGCGGAGCGGAAAUGAUGAUUUUGCCCUUCUGCUCGAGCUGACCAAUUGAAUAUGCGAAUUGAAGUGUGGACGAGAGUUUGCCAACUUUAACUGUGUGUUUGCCUCAAAGCGUGCAAAGCGAGCGUGCCAGCAAAGUGCACUGUAACAACAACAACAACAACAACUGUAAAGUGCAGCAGCAGCAGCAGCUGCUCUGGAAUUUAAUUAAGCGCACAAAAGCGACGACUAAAGCGGCAGAUUCUCUCUCUUUCUCUGUGUGAGCAAGUUGCCAUAAAUCAGCUGCAGCGGCAGCUGCAAACUGCAGCAAGCCUUUCAUUCGAGCACGGGUUUUUAACACAAAUCGAGCAGCGAGCGACGACCCCGACAAAGACCGACAAAGGGCGGUGGGAGGAGGAGGCGGAGUCGGUGUUGGAGGCUGGGCGAGAACGUGACGGCCAGCAGUGGCCAAUUAGUUGCUGCCUCCAACUAACGUUGCCAGCGGUAAUAAUUUUUGGGCUCCAUUGAACGUCUGUUGGCUGUUAUUCUGAUGACUGCCGCCAAGAGACGUGCGGCAAGCGGCAGCAGCAGCAGCAGUAGCAGCAGCAGUGGCAGUGGCAGCAGAAGCAACGAGCAGCAACCAUUGCAACAGCAACAUCAGCAACAGCAGCAACAACAUCAGCAGCAGUUGCAGCAUCAUCAUCAUCAGGAUGGGCGACAGCAAGCACAUGAAUAUCAGCAUCUGCUGCAGCAUCAACAUCAUCCACAUACAAACUAUCAUCCACAGCAAUAUCAUCAGAGGCAACAGCAGCACACGUCGCAGCAGCAGCAGCAUCAUCAUGCGGCAUCGUCGUCAACAACGUCAGCAACAACAGCAACACUGCGCGAUUGUUCUGUCAAAUUGCCGCUGGACAUUCUAUGGCUGCCGAAAUCAGCAAUGCGACCCGUUGGCGCUGAUGCCUCGCACACCGAUUGCAUUCUAGUCGUUGGCGUUUCCCGUCCAAAGCUGGCCGUUGUCUUUCUCACGGUCAUGCUGAUCUCAUUGUUCCUCACCUUUCACGUGCUCUACGACAGCGCCGUUUACAACAUUCAGGCCGCCCAAGCGGUCCACGAACGCCAUCGUCUCUCGAUGGCUGCCUCCGCAUCGGCCGCAGUCGCUGCGGCGCCCUAUUCAUCGAAUCCGAAUCAUUUGCCAGUGUUUGUGAAACCGGUGGUUAGUUCAAAUCAGCUAAGUCAUCCCAUGGUCUUUCCCUCCAGUCGCGUGCAUUUCCCCAAGACAAGUCGACGUCUGCCCCAGGCACUGAUAAUUGGCGUACGCAAGUGCGGAACUAGGGCGUUGCUGGAGAUGCUGUAUCUGCAUCCGCGCAUCCAGAAGGCCGGCGGUGAGGUGCACUUCUUCGACCGCGACGAGAAUUACCUGAAGGGCCUCGAAUGGUAUCGCAAAAAGAUGCCGCACUCGUUUCGUGGCCAAAUUACCAUCGAGAAGAGUCCCAGCUACUUUGUCUCGCCCGAGGUGCCGGAGCGAGUGCGUGCCAUGAAUGCAAGCAUCAAGCUGCUGCUGAUUGUGCGAGAGCCGGUGACCAGAGCCAUCUCGGACUACACCCAGUUGCGUAGUCAUGCGGCGACUGCGAUAUUGCCGCUGGCCGAGAAUGCUGCAACGAGCGCGGGUGCGAGUUCAAGUUCCAAUGCAAAUGCAAAUGCGAAUGCGGGUGCCGGAUCCGGAUCCGGAUCCGGUUAUGGGGCAAGGAUGUCAACGCAAUCGACGCUGUACGCCAAGCUGCAGGCGGCACAUAGCUACGACAAUGCGCUCGGCAGUGGCGCGGGUGCCAAGGAGACCGCCUUGGGAGGCGGUGGUGGUGGCAUGGGAGCGAGACGUGCUGGAACGACAACAACCACGCCCACACCGAGUGCCGCCCAAUUGGCAGCCAAGUCCUUUGAAGAGCUGGCCAUAUUUCCCAACGGCACGGUUAAUGAAGCAUAUCGUCCACUCAGCAUAUCCAUGUACCACGUUCAUCUGCAUCGCUGGCUUGAGGUAUUUCCUCGUGAACAACUUCUAGUGGUCAAUGGGGAUCGCCUGAUCGAGGAUCCUGUUUCGCAGCUUAAACGCAUCGAAGCAUUUCUGGGCAUUGAACAUCGUGUGCGAAGCGAACACUUCUACUUCAAUGAGACAAAGGGCUUCUAUUGCCUGCGCUACGAUAAUGGCGAUCGAUGUCUGCGGGAGACCAAAGGACGCAAGCAUCCCCAUGUGGAUCCCGUUGUGGUCUCCAGACUGCGCAAGUUCUUUGCUGAAUAUAAUCAACGCUUCUACGAGCUGGUUGGCGAGGAUCUUGGCUGGCCAGAGGAAUAGUUUCGAGAAACAUGGACUGAUGAUUAAUAGUACUUCACCAUCCUAAUACUUCAAUGGCAAACUGCAUUGGCGAGGGCAACACAAUUUUCCACUUUGUUUGCUGCAGCAUUUAAUUACAGGCGAAAACAAACAUUCAAGCUGAAAACUGCGUGCAACAACGAGCCGAACCGAACGGAACAGAACAGAACAAAUAGCAAAUAGCACGCUGAAGGAUGCAGAAGGACCUAGCAGAGUUUUGCAGCGAUGGCAGAGCACCAUAUUUCUGCCUGUCUGCCAGCGGGCUGACAGUUCAAUUAUGCGAACUUUGGCGCCACCAAAACUCUUUCCAUUCUCCCUCCCCAUACAUCUCUCAUCUCUCUCCCCCACCUUACCACAAAUGCAACCAACUGCAGCGGACAAAAAUGAAACAGUGAGAAAAUAAAUACGAAUCGCAAGAGGAGGCCAUGAAAAUCUAUGGGAAAAUCGGGCAAAAAACCAACCAAAAAAACAACAGCAACAAAAAAAAAGAAGAAAAAAACUGAAAAGGAGAAAAACAACAAGCAAUAUCUACAUGAUGUACGAAGUUUGCGCAUUGUCUGACUGUGCGACUGUGUGUGUGCUUGUGAGUGUGAGUGUGUGUGUAUGUGAGUGAGGAUGUUGAGAGAGCAUAAAAAUUAAUUAAGCAACUAAAUGUGAUUUUAUAGCAUAUAAGCGAUACGAUAAAGUUGAAAAUGAAAUGAAUGCGUCUCAAGAUUAAUUAAUGAAUGAGACAAUUAAAUGUAUUUAGACAGAAUCGUCGGCUGAAUUAAAAGUGUGCAUAAAACAAACAACAACUAAACGUACUUACAGAUGAAAAUUUAAAAGCUACAAUUAAUUAGUUGAUACUAGCAUAUCGCAAACAUAUCUGAGCUACUCAACCUAUAUAAUUGAAUAUACCAGGAUAUAAUUAAAUUACAUUAAAUUUCAGAGGUUAGCCUCUGCAAAGAUCACAUAUCAAAAGAAAACAAUUUUGAACUCAAAACAUAUCAUUAAAAUGUUUAAAAAGAAAUCUAGUCUUUAAGUAACUAUAUAUACAAAAUAUUAUUAUAAAGAAAAUAUAUACAUAUACAAUUAAAAGUUAUGUUUGAUUUCUUAGCAAGAAUUGCACUUGAUUUAUCUUAGUUUGUUAUUAUCAUAAAUAUUAUCAAGUCCUUAGACAAAUUACUAGUUAAAUGCACGGCCUAAAAAUAUUGAAAAUAUACAAUUAUUAUGCACCUUCCCUAAGUAAGUUUUUUAAUGAAUUUUUUAGCAAAUUAUUUGUAAUUGCUAGCAUAAAAUAGUUAAGCUAAACCAACUAAGUAUACAUAUCAAGAUCAAGAUUAAGAUCAGACUAGCUAUAUAUACAUAUACAUAUUACUUAUACAAAGAUUUCAUGUACUUUCGAAACUACUCGUUAUUGUGAAGAAGAAUGGAAAAAAUCAAGCAUAUCAACUCAAUGUGAGCAAUUUAACUUAGACUAAAAAGAGAAAAGAAAACCCGAAAGAAUAACUACUUAUCCUUAAAUGUGUGUUAUACUUAAGAUGAUUAUUAUGAUGAUGAUGAUAAUGAUGUUGACCCAACGUAUCUUAACUUUGUUAAUUCUAUGGCCUUGGUUCCCAUCAUAGUUCUAGUUCUUAGGGAUCUUCAGCACACAUACACAUACAUAAAUCAAGAAGCGCUUAAUUACGAACUCUACGAGUAAAUAGGCCUAGCAAAUGUUACAACAAUCCAUGUGAUUUUAUCACAUUCUCAACUAAUGCAAUUCAAUUUCCAGUUGCAACUCAAUGCAAAAUAACAAUUAAAAUAGGGACGAACAACGAUGACAAAUGAACCACAAGUAAUGGAAACUAAUCAAGCAAUAUCAAGAACAAACAAAACAAAAAACCAAAAACAAAAAGAAAAGGAAAAACAAAGACUGAAGGUCCUCCGCAGAAUGUUUUCUCAAUAAUUUACGUUUCGAAAAUACCAAAAAAUAAAGGCAAACUAACAAAAAAAAAACAAAACAAAACCAAUCAACCAAAUACACGUAUAAGUAGCAUGAGACAACGAACG